CUGGGAUCAAGCGAAGAUGAGCAUGUUCAACUGGCUGUGGUACGAAACCACCACGUACCUGCCGUACACUGAAGAGACGUCAUACGAGAACUCACUGCUGGUGCAGCAGACCGGAGCACUGGCCCUCAGCUCACUCACACACGUGCUGCGCAGCCUCACGCCCAACGCCAGGGGAAUCUUCAGAUUACUGGCAGAGUUUCAGCUGGAGAACAAGGACAAUCCUGCAUAUAUGGGAUUGUCUUUCCAGGAUUUCUACCAGCGCUGUCGCGAGUCGUUCCUGGUGAACAGUGACAUCACGCUGCGCACGCAGCUCACCGAGUUCAGAGACCAUAAACUCAUCCGCAACAAAAAGGUCAGAACUCGCCUGAACUCACUUCACACGUGCAGAAUUACUAGGGAUAAUGAAGAGCUGCAACCCAUGUUUGAGAAAACUUAA